GUCAACCAUUAUAUCAUCCAUCUGUCCAAUAUGGAGAGAUUUAACUAUAUAGCUUGGGUAGACAAUGUGUGCCAGAAGUUUGAAGAUGUGUGCUUGGAGGUGGAUAAUAUCAGGCCGGAGGAUAUAAUUGGAGCCGCUGAGACUCAGUUGCAGACAAUGGGUGCCAGCAUAACGAAGUUCUUCUCUGAUCUCGUGGAUGAUGAUGUCCCUCAAUAUUCUGCUGAUCGUGUGGUGGGAGAGGAAGCUUCUGAUUUGUCUCCUGUACAGAAAUCUGGUGUCAUGGCACAUAAAGGAUCAGAAGUUAGUAUGGAUGAUGGCCACUGUGAAAAGGAAUCUUUCUUUGGGGUUCAUUUCCUCCGGUCAUGUCAUCUGUCUAGUAGAAAGCAUCUAGAUCCUCACUUGAAGCAGAAUGAUGGUGGCGCAGUACAUGAAAAUUCAAGGAUGAUUAUUGGGGGAAAUCCUAUUAAGGAGAAGGAAAAUCAGCUCGAGAGUUUGGAUAUCCAUGAGAAGAAAGAUUCAGUCACGACUACAUUAUCCUCACCCUUAGAUGAUGAUGCUGAGAGUUCAGAUAUCCUUGAGAAGAAAGAUUCCAUCACGCCCGCAUCAUCCCCACCCUUAGAUAAUACUGAGAGGUUGGAUAUCCUUGAGAAGAAAGAUUCAGUUGUGAAAACAGUAUCCUCGCCCUUAGCGAUCAGUACUGAGAAUUUGGAUAUCCCUGAGAAGAAAGAUUCUGUCAUGGAAGCAUUAUCCUCGCCCUUAGAGAUCAGUACUGAGAAUUUGGAUAUCCUUGAGAAGAAAUAUCCAGUCAUGGAAGCAUUGUCCUUAGCUUUAGAUGAUAAUACGGAGAGUAAUUCUUUGAUUGGAGAAGGGGAGGGGAGCUUGUAUUCCAAUUCUUCUACUUUGAUGGGAUCCCGGGACAGUGAAAUUUUGGACAUUGAGGUUGCUCUUAAUGUUGCCUUGGCAGAAUCAACUGGUGGUUCAGUUGAUGAUGUUCGCAAGGUAGAACUAGAAACCAUUCAACCAUCGAAUAAGGCAAAGCUUGAUGAGAGUUGCAUCAUGGUAGAUAGUAGUGAACUUUGCGCUGUAUCUGGGGACGUGAGAAGAAGCGGGUCUGACAAGAAGAAGUCGAGGCCGAAGAGCAUUUUCGCUUUGAGAAAGAAAGCUCAAGAUUGGAAGUGUGAUCACAGUCAUCUUGAUGUGGGAUGGUAUCAACAGAAGGGAAAAGGUUUAGCUGCAUACUACGAUAAAUCUGAAUUACUAGAUGAUGGAUUCAGCGAGUCUGAGUGGGAGAUUAUUUAAGCAAAAAAUACAGGAGAGUCUGCAAAAUAAGUUUGGCCAAGUCAAAUGGCUUUGUGGCCUUAAUUGUGAUGAAAUAAGGAAUUUUGUUAGGUCGGGAAAAUCUAAUUGCUGGACAUUUAUAUAUGUUUCCUUCCUUCAACUGAACCAGGAGUCUUGUUUUAACUUUUUUUAAUGAGCAUUUGUUGUUCUUAAUUCUGGUGCUUUACUGCUUUGAUAGGCUUUCAUACCAA